AUGCUACGGCUGCGCCGCCUGCUGCUGCGAGUCCAGGCCACCGUCGAGGAGGCCGAGAGGCGGCAGAUCACCAACCAGGCGAUGCUCCGGCAGCUCGAGAUGCUGAGGAACGGCAUGUACAGAGGCUACUACAUGCUCGACGCCCUCGCAUGCACAUGCCCUGCGGCCAAAGAUGAGGUGAGCGACCGCUCUCUCGCCCUGUGCCAAUUCAGUCCCGUCAAGCGGCUCUGCCUCUCUGCCAGGGCGCCGAAGAACACGGUGUUCGACUGCAACGAGCUCGGCAAAGUGCUCUGUCGGCUUGAGAAGAUUGUCGCCGACAUGGAGGAGUUUGUGGUGUUCUUGAAGUGCUAUCCUCUGCUGUGCCGGCAACCUUGCAGCAGCUACCUGUCUACAGGCAUGUGCAUGUUUGGUCGUCACACGGAAUACGAGAGGAUCGUGAGCUUCCUGCUGCAGGUUGGCCCCCCUGGCACGGCAAAUUUCAGUGUUCUUCCGGUAGUCGGACCCGCAAGGGUCGGAAAGAGCACCCUCGUUGAGCAUGUUUGCUACGACGACAGGGUGCGCGGCUACUUCUCCUCCAUUGUUUUCCUUAGCGGGGAUGAUCUCCAACUCCAUGGCGCGGAAGUGAAUGCUCUGCAAGACAGUGGUGUUAUCAAGUAG